AUGCCCUUACUGAAUAUGUCAACCACAGUGACAGAAUUUGUCAUAGGUGGUUUUGACACAACUCAAAGACCCGUGUUAGUCGGGGUGGUGAUGCUAGUCGUCUACGUUCUCGUCAUGGUGGGCAAUGUAGCGAAUAUACUUUUCAUUGUUUGUGACAGGCAGUUACACAAACCAAUGUUUCUUCUGAUUUGCAAUCUGGCUGUUGUUGACAUGCUGUACAGCUCCAGUUCCACCCCGACGAUGAUCGGGGUUCUGGUUUCUGAGGUGAAGACCAUAUCUUAUGUGCCAUGCCUGGUUCAAAUGUUUGUUUUCCACUUGGCAGGGGUGAUGGAGAUGUUUGCUUUAGCUGUUAUGGCACUUGAUAGACUAAUUGCCAUAUGUUAUCCCUUCAGAUAUCAUAGUUUAUUAACAAAUGCGCGCACUUGUGUCCUGGCGUAUGUCCUGUGGAUUGUCGCUGCUGCGUUUGUGGCAAUUAUGCCAGCCAUUGUGGUUCCUCUGCCUUACUGCCACUCAAGGCUCAAGUACAUUUUCUGUGACUUUGCUGCUGUAGUGCGCGCUACGUGUGGCAACCCUGGUUACAUUUUCAGACUGAUAACCAUAAUAACUUUCUUUCUGUUAUUUUUCACCUUUGGUUUAAUUUGCCUGUCUUACCUAAUGAUCAUAAUUGCAGUGAGAUCAUUCUCCAAAAAUGACAAAAAGAAAACCUUCAGCACUUGCUUGAGUCACUUGAUUGUGGUUACUUGUUAUUAUGGCCCAGUAUUUAUUCGCGUAGUCUUAACCAGGGCAGGUGUGGUGUUGACUCUUGAGGAGCGUCAUGGUUUGAUGGUCGGGGCCAUCCUUGGUCCGUCUCUUGUAAAUCCUUUUGUGUACUGUCUUAGAACUAAAGAAAUAAAAAACAAGAUUUUUAAGAAACUCCAAAAACAGGAGUGCUGA